GAGUAGAAGUGUUUUAACUAAUGGAUUUUCUUUUCUUGCGAUCUGAUAAAGUGUAUGUACAAUAUAUUGCCAAUACAUUUUUUGAAUCUUCGAUUGACUGGCAUUCCUGUAUCAAAAUCAAAAUCUUUAAUAAGUAAGACGAAGGUGCUUUUUUGGAAGAUUCCGAAACCCGGAAAUGUAGAAUCAGCUGUCACAAAUAAUCAAUAUACUAAAAUGUUACAUCAAAAUAUGUUGAGUGUUAUUUAAAAUGAGACUAUAAAAAACUUUGUGAUGUGAACUUUAAGUAACGUUAAGUGUAACAAGUGCAACUUAUAAUAACGUACUAAGUGAAUUUUGAAAGUAUCCUAAAUGUUGCAAAUUCGUAAAAUCACCCAUCGAACGUGUUUCUUUAUAAGCAGAACUGUGUACAUGACAUGUUGCUGCGGCUGUUGCUCCGCUCUGCGACCACGCUACAAGCGUCUCGUCGACAACAUCUUCCCAGCGUCCCCGCAAGAUGGCCUGGUUAAAUCCAAUAUGGAGAAACUUACCUUUUACUCGCUCUCCAGCCCGGAGAAGCUCGACAGGAUUGGGGAGUACCUGUUCCAGAAGGCUUCCAGGGAUAUUUAUAGGCGUAGACAUGGGUUCGUAAUAAUAGCUAUGGAAGCUAUGGAUCAGCUGCUCUUGGCGUGCCAUUCGCAGACACUCAAUUUAUUCGUGGAGAGCUUUCUCAAGAUGGUGCAGAAAUUACUUGAAUCCACAGAUCCACAGUUGCAAAUACUCGCAACACAGAGUUUUGUCCGUUUCGCUAACAUUGAAGAGGACACACCAUCCUACCAUCGCAGAUAUGACUUCUUCGUGUCGAAGUUUUCCGCGAUGUGUCACAGUAACCACAACGACAAAUCCACGAGGGAUAACAUAAGACUGGCCGGGAUACAGGGCCUACAGGGUGUGAUAAGAAAAACUGUGUCCGACGACUUGGUCGAGAACAUUUGGGAAGCUCAGCAUAUGGACAAGAUUGUGCCGUCGCUUCUGUAUAAUAUGCAGACCGCAGAAAAGUACGAAACAGUGUCUUGCAUGGAAACAGACACAAGAGAUGGGAUAGAGGAAGAUCCACCGCGGCUGGCCGAGGCGUGUUUACGAGAGCUUGUGGGCAGGGCGGCCUUUGGGCAUAUAAGAAGUGUAUUACGACCUGUACUUACGCAUUUUGAUCGACACGAACUAUGGGUGCCGAACGAUUUCGCCGUGCACACAUUCAAGAUUAUUAUGUUUUCCAUCCAGGCUCAGUACUCAUACAGCGUAGUGGAAGCUCUAAUGCAGCAUUUAGACGUCGGCGCUCCGGGCAACGUUGACGCACGCGCCCGCACCAGAGUGCGUGCGGCACGCGCCGCCGUGCUAAGCAACAUUGUAGCCAUCGCUGCUGGGGAUAGCGUUGGUCCAUCUGUACUGGAAAUUAUAAACAACCUACUCACUAACCUACGGGCAUCUGUGGCCAGAGAUUCUGAGAAAGAAUCAGAUGAAAGAUUAUACCAAGAGGCACUUAUCAAUGCUUUGGGAGAGUUUGCAGACCAUUUGCCCGACUUCCAGAAAAUAGAUAUAAUGAUGUUCAUCGUUAGCAAGAUUCCCAGUCAACGCGGAAAGAGUACUAAAGCGGAUACCAUGCUGCAGAGCAUUUUGCUCAAGUCUCUCCUUAAGGUGGGCACAACGUACAAAACUGCGGAGCUAAGCAAGGCGUUCCCCGCGGCUUUCCUCGACGCACUGCUGCGUUUAUCGAGCGCAGGUGAAUCGGGCACUCGGGCACUUUUACAGCGCAUUCUGCAUACUCUUCUGGACCGUAGAGGAAACGCCACUGCACUUGUGACGCCCACUGUGGAGUACGCAGAGUUGGGUCUUAUUGUUGAGAAGUGCUCGCGUCCGGAUCUGAUCUUUAUCAGCAAGCAUGGAUAUGCCAUCUUCAGUUCACUUUAUGAUGGUCUCCAACUAGAAUCGAACACUGCAGAGAACGUCAGUGCCAUCUACACUACUUUGGCUCUGUUGUGCAUAGAACUUGCUUCCGAGGAAACGGUCUGUGAUAUGCUGCAGUUAAUUCUGUCUAUUCAGCACUCGGCGAUAUCGAAUCCAGUGCUAUCGACGGCGCAGCAAUGUCAGUUACAUGCUAUCACCAUCGCGUUGGCUGCACUGGUGCCGCAUGUUCUUCUGUUGCCAAGACUGGCGGAGUACAUAAACCAGAUAAUAGAAGCCCGCCGUGAAGAGGCAAUACACCUCUUGCCUCCGUUGCAAGAAGAAUAUGAACAUCUUACCCCCAGCAAGAUGCCCAAUAAGAUGCCCUAUCUAAUGAUUGACCAGAUGGCGCUUGGUGACUGUUUAAAAGCCCACGGCAUAGAGGCUAGUAGACUGCAAAGUGCAUCGCCGUAUAGUGGUGGAGCUAAUCUGGCGCACAGACACAGCUGGGUCGAAGCAGGAGCUGCGCAAGGUCGAGAUAGCUUGGCUGAUAUAUCGGCGGGUCCUAAUGCCGAACUAGUCGACAGUGCUAACAGUUCACCAGGCGUGCAGCGGCAUCCAUUGCAAGUGGAGAACGUAAGUCUCGAAGCGCUUCGUCGGGCCGCCAGUGGUCCCAGCGAAGCUGAGAAGCGCGAAGCAGAAAGGCGUAAAGUUACUCUCAACAACGCCUUCCGCACCGCACCAUUUGAUCACCUUCUUCACUUGACACAACCUAAGUACGAGAUAAAAGACAAACUGGAGGAGAUAUUCAACUCCCUCUCCGAGGAGCCUCUGUUGUCGGGUGCGAUGGGCGUGGGUGGCAGCGGCUCCCCUGGAGCCAAGUGCCACUCGCAACAAGUCCCCGCUUACACCAAGUAUUUCCCGGAGCUGUUCUUAUAUUAAUGGAGAAUGAAUGUAACAAAAUAAUGAUUGCUUGAAAUGUAUUCGACGUACGCUGCUAGCUGCUUCGCAUAACAAUACAAUAUUCACACGUAAUGCUUCCAAAAGCUAAACUAAUCCAUUAAUAAUUCAAUUGAAUCUUUAAUUAGGCUUUCGAUCAACUAACGAUGAUUAUUUCAUGAGAUUUAAUUGUAUGCAUCAAGUAUUCAAAGGCAAACCUUCUUUAUGGCUAUGCCGUCUUAAAUGUGAACGAAAUGAUUUUUGUGUGAAGUAAAAGCGACAUAUCUUCGUUCAAGGACAAAUGUUUACGUUACAAAAAGCGUUAAGAUUAGAUUGCCGUAGCCAUAAGCCAGAGUCAUAAGCCAGUGUGAGUUUUCAAGUUAACAAACGUAACUGGGACUAAUUGGGGGAGAUAUUGGGCGGCAUCUCUGAAUCACUAAGAAGUCAUUUUAAAUGAUACUGCUUUUUAUUUUGCACAAAGUUCUCUAAAAAAUACAUUCAAUUCGGUGUAGAUAGAGUAUUUACCGAUGAUGACACUUUACGUAGUCAGGAAAUGUGGACACUAAUGGUGAAUUGAUCCGCUUAAGCUUAUUUACCAUAUAUAUGUAUUUUAGAUAUUCUUUAUUCCUUGGUAAAACAUGACGCUACAGUUCAAGUGACGUUAGUUUACCAGAAAACUUCCACUAAGGGCUCUGUUGGAAAACUACUGUUGUAAUUAAAUGUCAAAUUGCUAACUAAGGUUACAAUAUAUUUAUAUAAAUAAGUACUUCUUGUGAAGUAUGAAGAGUGGGCGCACGAUAUAGCCAGAUGUGCGAGUUGAAUUACGAGAAGGGGUUCCGUACCCGUCUGCGAUAUAAAAUACUACAGCAUCUAUCAUUAAUAAUUUUAAAAAGGUUUUUUAUUAUUUGCUGUUAAAGCGAUGUAAGAAAUAUAAAUUUCGUGCUCAUUUCCACUCUAACUGUAAGCAAAUCUGCCUUUGCCUAUAUGUUUAAAAAACAAAAACUGAUUGGUCAAAAUGUUCAUAAUCUGUGAUCGAUCUUAGUUGAGUGGAAAUUCGGUGAUAGACAGUUUAAGACUUCGACUUCACUUUCGAUGGUGCCCUGAUCGAAUUCCAGCACGCACCUCUAACUUUUCUAAGUUAUGUGCUUAUUGAAGCAAUUACAAUAUAACUUGCUUCGACGGUGAAGGAAAACAUCGUGAGGAAACCUGCAUGUUCCUGUGCACCUCACAGUUACCUUACCUUAGUUCUCCAUGAUUUACUCAAAGGCGCGUGGACUUAACCAAUCCGCACUGGGCCAGUCUGGUGGACAAUGGCCUAAACCCUUCUCAUUGUUGCAAGAUUUACGCUUCUCGCAAACCUGUCGCGAGAUACGUAAUCACCCUGCAGUGCCCUGUAGUUAGCCGGUAAUUGUUGAUAUGACAGUUGUACAGUUUUUAAGUUUAGAACGAGUAAUGUUGUUAUGAGAGAUAUUCGAUUAAACUCUGUAAGAUAAACAUAAAAGAGAUCUUUUACUACCUAAUAAGGGUUCAUGAGAUACAGAUCGACGGACGGACGGAGAUAUGGACAGCGGAGACUUAGUAAAUGGUGACAGUUGGCCGACUUCGGGUACGGAACCCUAGAAAUGAAAUAAAUAAGAAAUGGUGUUGGUUUUUUCCCAGAAACAUCCAUACAUAUAGUUUGGUGUGAAGGCGGUGAUACUUUUACAGUAAGAUAUUUAAUAUGAUUUUGGAUGAUAAAGUAUAUUGUGGUGAUAUGGGUUAUAACUGGUGAUUAGGGAUGAUGUUAGUGAGAGUUAUAACAAUGUUGAAUUUAUGAUCAAUAAUUAUGAAAUUUUAAAUUAUUGGAGAAUUUUAUCGGAAUUGGAAAUCGUUAACUGGAAUAAAUUUUCUAAAUUAUACGGUAUUAUUAGAUUCCUAGAUAUUUCUGUCUACGAACGUAAGCUAAUUGCAUUCCGCUGAAUCUAAUAUCUAUCUAAUUAAAAAAUUAUUAAAAGAAUAUGCCUUAAUAUGAGUGUAUGAGAAAAUGAGAUGAAAACUAAUAUAUUAACAAAUUAUUUUAUAGAUUAUAUAAUUAUAUUAUGUUGUCUGGUUUUUGUUUAUUUAUAGGUCUGUGUGUUCAGUAUUUACAUUCCAAAAAGUAUGAUUUCGAGAUAUUAAUAAAAGAAUCUCCUGUAUUUAUUAUACCUAAAUUCGGUCAAAGGUCGAUAAUAGAUAAAUAAAUGUAUCUAAAACACGAUAUUAUGCGAUAAAAGCUUUUUAUAAGUCUUUUCUUGUGAGAAUUGGGUCACAUCUACACUAAAUCUACUAUUUUGGUCGAGUGGAGUUAGUGCACACCAUAUCUACUCGACAACGAUUUGACUCGAAACAGAAAUGAAAUGAGCUUUAAUUUAUUUCUUAAAGGUGUUAUACAUUCCCAAUGAUUCUGUUCAUACGACCUAACAAAUUCAGUUACCAUUUGUUUGAGGCCUCUUCAUACAAGUACUGUAUACAAUUUACAUAACAAAUGUUGAUUCCUUUAACCAUGUUUGUUAAGUCAUUAUUUUUUAUUUAUUUUUUGGGGUUCAAUCUGAAUAUCUAUCGCUGAUAUUGCGACCGAUUGUAUCAUAAUGAAUAAAAAUAGAUUCACCUCUUGAUAAAUGUUAUAUUCUACUGUUUUAAGACUUUCUGUACUCUAACAAUUCACAACAAAUCUGACCCUAGUUAUUAGUGUUUAUUAGAAUCGCAGAAAAUAGCAUAUCUGAGGAAUAGAUAUCUUUCGGUUUUAUUAAGGCUAAUUCAUUGGUCAGUGUAGUUUUGACAGCAAUGACAUAAGUCGCUUUACGAACCAACGUUUGGUUUUACCCCGACUCCACACGUUGCUACCUUGUUUGGAACCAAUAUUGGUCGGUAAUAAUUAUAAACACUGUAUGUAACACUUCAAGUAUUAAUAUAACGGUUAAAAAAACCCGAUAAAAACCUUCUUUUUUAGCGCAUUUAGGAGCUUUUCUAAGAAACUGCUGUAAAGUUAUAUAUGUACAAUACAAAACCACGCAUAAAAAUUGACAGUAUAUUUCAGGAGAGUGAGAAACAAAUGCAGGGUUUCCUUCUACCACAUUACUGUGUUUCUAAGGACCUGUCCAAUUAUAUGAUUGUGUUACGAAAACAGCAUUCAAGUCGGGCAUCAAUUUUAACAAAGUUUGCACGCGACGAUGACAUAUUACAGAUAAAGCAACAAGCAAGCAGCAAGCCUUUUUUAGUGUAAGAAUGUUUCAAAAAUUUAUAUUCUAUUUUCAAAACAUAAUAAGACGAGCUAGAGAAGAAAAACAUUUAAUUUAUUAUAUUUUCGUCUGUUGGGGUAGCGACAAAAAAUGGUUUUAGACUCACGAGUUUUAUUUCUGUACCACUGAAUUAGCACACUAAAUUACGAACUCGCAUUUUUUAGUAAUGAUUUAAUAAUCUUAAAAGUGCGGUAGUUAAAGAUAAAUUAAUAUUUAAGUUCUAAUGUGGAAUCACAUGUGGGAUAAUUUUGUUAUUUAUUACUGCACACAUCUGUAUGAUACUGCGUUUUUAAUACAUUUGUUGAAACAGCCUUUGCAAUCGUUCUCAUACUGGCAUUAAAAAAAAAAAAUGGGAGUAUUUGCAGAUUUGUGGUGCUGUUGUACACAAAUCUCUAAACCAGGGGUUCCCAACCUUAUUAAGACAGCGAGCGGCGCAAUUACAAGUUAGGAAAUUGGUCACGGCGCCUACAUCCUAGUCCUAGCAAGUUAAAAUUAUGUAUUUUAACUUGCUAGAUUUGGGUACUUAUUAGUAGCAGAUAGGCGCAAGAAAUAAAACAUCCUCAUUGUGAAACUAAUAAAACAAUAAAUAAUAAGUUUUAACAAACAAUUCAGAAAAAUAAAACUACCAAUGGGAUGUAUGAGCUUUGUGAUCUCUACACAAUAUUUCAAAGUGUGAGAGAAGCCGUCACAUUGUUGCACAAAAUUUUUUUUUUUUUGAUUUUAUGCUUGAGUACAAAAGAAGCGCCUCGCGGUGCACCUUUACUUUCUAUGGCGUCCAGGUUGGUAAGCCCUGAACUAAACUGAGCUACAUUGACAGUUCUUAAAGAAGUGCUGUCCUUUUCACAAUCUGCCCCUUAAACUUUAGCUCGAUUUUUGUUAAAUAUGUUAAAAUAUUUCUGUACAGCAGAAUUUGUACUACUGUGCGGUAUUUUUUUUCAGUAGACUGCUUUGCAGGUAGUUUAACGGGUUUCAGAGCGCGAUUAUGAAAGGGCUAUUUUCCGAGCAAAUGUAUUGAAAAUAAUAGUAUCCGAUUAGCUCAAAUAUAUGAUUAUUCUUAAAACUUAAUAAGAGUAAAUUUUCAUUGGUCGUUAAAUAGCGUAUUUAGGUUACGAAAGAUUUCGGACAUGCCAAUAGUAUGAUAUAUCGACUGGUGCAUUUCACUAGUGACCGCAUAUGGGCAUCGACCAAUGAAAAUUCACUCUUAAGGACCAAUUUCUAUAAAUGUUCAUAAAAUAGAUGUAUCUACUUUCAUGAAAUAGCUUAAAAUGUUACGAAAAGUGUUAUUCUUAAGCCGAAUAGUUUCCAAUUUGUAAUUAGUUUGCGAGCUAACCUCGCUUUAGCCAUAGUUUUAUGGUCCAGGGGCUUUACUUCCAAUAGCGUUUUCAAUUUUACUGUUUUACUACCUACAUCUGGACCUAAGCCCUCAACUUACAAAAUGCAUUUUUAAUUAACCAUAUACUGUUGUUAUCUUCGUACUUAAUGUUAUGUAUUUGUAAUUAGGUUGUGUUCAAACAAUAAUAAAUGUGGUUUGAACGA